CCCCAAAAAAAAAAAAAAAAUAAAUAAAUCUUCUCUCUCUAUCUCUCCCUCUGCAGUUGCAUCCCGACAUCCCACGACGACCCACCCACCCACCUGCGACUCUGCAAUUGCAAUAUCCCGACGACGACCCACCUUGCCGCUGCUUGCGAAUCGCAACGACUCGCGAAGACGGACUAAAACGAAUUCCAGACCCGAUCGAAUUCUCAAUUGCAAGGAAAGGAAAUCAAGCGGAUAUUAUGGAGGUUUUGGGAUGGGAUGGAGCCCUCUCGUCACGUGACUUCCACGUCGCAGCACGUGCUUUUGCCAACAACUGGAAAGAAUUUAACUCCGCCUCUCCUCCAUGGACGUGGGUUCCCUCUCCCAAACAGCCUCCUCAUCUCUCCCUCCUGCACCAGCAGCAGCAGCAGCAUGGCUACUUGUCGUUGGAGAAGAUUUGCCUUCUUGGGUCAAUCAAGGAAGAUGCUAAUGAAGAAAAUCACGCUUGGGAAGAAGAGGAGCCCGAGUCUGUUGAUAAUGCCACGCUGGUUGACACCAGCAAUCUUCAAGUAUGCUACUACGAUUUUCAUAUAGUAUACAGUGAUUCAUAUCGAGUUCCCGUGCUGUAUUUUCGUGGUUACUACAUCGAUGGACAGCCUUUGGCAUUGGAAGAAAUAGAAAAGGACCUACCUGCUCGCUCAUCAAAGGUUUUACUGGAAUCAAAAUGGACAUUCAUAACUCAGGAGGAGCAUCCAUACUUGAACAGACCUUGGUACAAGCUGCAUCCAUGUGGAACCAGUGAGUGGAUGAAGCUGCUUUUCCUUGGUGAUAAUUCUCAGGCUAAAAAUGGAGUAGCACUUGAACAAUAUUUGGUGUCUUGGCUCUCAGUCGUAGGUCAAGUGGUUGGUAUUAGAGUCCCCUUUGAAAUGUUGAAUCAUCAUAAAAGUUGUAGUUGAAAGAAGAAAUUCUAAUCUAUGAAUCAUGCAGAACUCCGUCUUCCUCACAAUUAUUGGGUCAUCCGGAAAUAAACCCGAAAUAUCAGAUCAUAUUAUGUAGUUUGCUCA